AGAACGAAGGGGCGGGGGCGUGCGGGGGGGAGGGAGGAAAGAGCGAGAGUCCGGGGACGGCGCCUGCGCGGUGGGCGUGAUCCGGGCACUUAGGGCAGGAUGAACGCUGCUUUCCAAGAUGGCGACGGAGGGAGGAGGGAAGGAGAUGAACGAGAUUAAGACCCAGUUCACCACCCGGGAAGGUCUGUACAAGCUGCUGCCGCACUCGGAGUACAGCCGGCCCAACCGGGUGCCCUUCAACUCGCAGGGCUCUAACCCUGUCCGCGUCUCCUUCGUAAACCUCAACGACCAGUCUGGUAACGGCGACCGCCUCUGCUUCAAUGUGGGCCGGGAGCUCUACUUCUAUAUCUACAAGGGGGUCCGCAAGGCUGCUGACUUGAGUAAACCAAUAGAUAAAAGGAUAUACAAAGGAACACAGCCUACUUGUCAUGACUUCAACCACCUAACAGCCACAGCGGAAAGUGUCUCUCUCCUAGUGGGCUUUUCCGCAGGCCAAGUCCAGCUUAUAGACCCAAUCAAAAAAGAAACUAGCAAACUAUUUAAUGAGGAAAACUCUUGUCAGCACUUGGGGAAGGUGGAGUGGAAUGAAGAUAGCAAGACGAAUGAGGAGGCUCUAGUGACUGUCCAGAGACUAAUAGACAAGUCACGAGUAACCUGUGUCAAAUGGGUUCCUGGUUCGGAAAGCCUUUUCCUAGUAGCCCACUCGAGUGGGAACAUGUACUUGUAUAAUGUGGAGCACACUUGUGGCACCACAGCCCCCCACUACCAGCUCCUGAAGCAGGGGGAGAGCUUUGCCGUGCACACUUGCAAGAGCAAAUCCACGAGGAACCCUCUCCUCAAAUGGACGGUGGGCGAGGGGGCCCUCAACGAGUUUGCUUUCUCCCCAGAUGGCAAGUUCUUGGCGUGUGUGAGCCAGGACGGCUUCCUGCGGGUGUUCAACUUUGACUCGGUGGAGCUGCACGGCACCAUGAAAAGCUACUUUGGAGGCUUGCUGUGCGUGUGCUGGAGCCCCGACGGCAAGUACAUCGUGACGGGCGGAGAGGACGACCUGGUGACCGUCUGGUCCUUUGGAGACUGCCGUGUGAUCGCGCGGGGCCAUGGGCACAAGUCCUGGGUCAGCGUGGUGGCCUUUGACCCCUACACCACCAGCGUGGAAGAGAGCGACCCCAUGGAGUUCAGCGGCAGUGACGAGGACUUCCAGGACCUUCUUCACUUCGGGAGAGACCGAGCGAACAGCACCCAGUCCCGGCUGUCCAAGCGGAACUCGACCGAGAGCCGGCCCGUCAGCGUCACGUAUCGGUUCGGCUCCGUGGGCCAGGACACGCAGCUGUGCCUGUGGGACCUCACGGAAGACAUCCUCUUCCCCCACCAGCCCCUCUCGCGUGCGCGGACACACACGAACGUCAUGAACGCCACCAGCCCCCCCGCGGGCAGCACCGGGAACAGCGUGCCCACGCCGGGCAGCACCGCGCCCCCGCCGCUGCCGCGGUCCAACAGCCUCCCGCACGCCGCCGUCUCCAGCGCCGGCAGCAAGGGCAGCGUGGCGGACGGCGCCAUUGCCGCCGGGGUCAGCAAGUUCGCCACGCUCUCGCUGCACGACCGGAAGGACAGGCACCACGAGAAGGACCACAAGCGGAACCACAGUAUGGGACACAUCUCCAGCAAGAGCAGCGACAAGCUGAACCUCGUCACUAAGAGCAGGGCGGACCCCGCCAAGACGCUGGGGACGCCCCUGUGUCCCCGCAUGGAAGACGUGCCCUUGUUGGAGCCGCUCGUCUGUAAAAAGAUAGCACAUGAGAGGCUGACUGUGCUAGUUUUCCUUGCAGACUGUGUCGUCACCGCGUGCCAGGAGGGGUUCGUCUGCACGUGGGGAAGGCCUGGUGAAGCGGGUUUACUCUCAGCCCCAAACCAGGCCACUUCUCCAGGUGGAACUGUAGUGUAGCGACCCCACACCUGCUUGGACGUCCUCGCCCCAGCCCGCGUCUCAAGGGAGCAGCCGCAGCGCAGCACCGGCCGCGUCGGACCUUAAGCAGCGCCGCGAGGAGCAGCUUGGUGGGCGUGCUGCUGCGCGCCCCAAAGAGCUGUUUCCGUUUUUAAACCAUUCUUUUGGGGCUGCAGUAAAAAAUGAGAAAUGAGGUUUUCUUGCUUUUUACUCUAAAAUUCAAUGCAAUUAACAUGUUAUAUAUAUAAUUAUACAUAUAUACAUAGUGUAAAAUAAAAAUGUUUCUUGGACAAGAAAUCCCCUUAAAUCCAACUGUUUAUAAAUAGUACUUCACUGUUUCUGCACUGAGUAUUUUUAAUACUUUAGGUGAUCAGGAGACAACCUGGAAUGCACUCAUAAAGUUGUUACAAGUUGUUUCUUGUAAUUCAGGAAGACAAAUGCUGCAAUCAUAGACUUUUAAAAAUUGUUUGCACUUAAAAUAGAUUAAUGCUGUUAAAAAGUUAUUUUGAAUAUGGGUGUAGUGGACCGCCAAGGUGUGGCACAAACAUGCCCUUUUUUAAUCUGUUAGCAUUUAUUUUAAUACUCUCGUUCCAAUGCAGUCAGCUCUGUAUUAUAUGUAUAAAUAAUGUAAGUCAGCAGUUGGGGAAAGGGUCACUUAAGUAAGUAAUUUUCAUCAUCUAAGAGUGAUAUUUCUAAUUCACACAAAGUUAAUAUUAAAGCUAUCUUGAA